GAACAAUCAACCAUGACGACCGAAUCUGGCUCAGACUCGGAAUCCAAGCCGGAGCAGGAGGCCGAGCCCCAGGAGGCGGCGGGGGCGCAGGGGCACGCGGGGGCGCCGCAGGGCCCAGGGCCUGAACCCAGCGGCGAGGAGCAGCACCAGGCCCUAGAGCAGUUCGAGGCCGCGGCGCACAGCACCCCUGUGAGGAAGGAGGUCACUGACAAGGAACGGGAGUUCGCUGCUGGGGCUGCAAAACAGCUCGAAUAUCAGCAAUUGGAAGACGAUAAACUUUCUCAGAAAUCAUCUAGCAGUAAACUAUCUCGAUCUCCAUUAAAGAUUGUCAAAAAGCCUAAAAGCAUGCAGUGCAAAGUGAUACUUCUGGAUGGAUCAGAAUAUACCUGUGACGUGGAGAAACGCUCCAGAGGCCAGGUGCUGUUUGAUAAAGUAUGUGAACAUCUGAAUUUGCUGGAAAAAGACUAUUUUGGGCUUACGUAUCGAGAUGCUGAAAACCAGAAGAAUUGGCUGGACCCUGCUAAGGAAAUAAAAAAACAGAUUCGAAGUGGUGCUUGGCACUUUUCAUUUAAUGUGAAAUUUUACCCACCAGACCCUGCCCAGCUAUCUGAAGAUAUCACCAGGUACUACCUCUGCCUACAGUUGCGAGAUGACAUCGUGUCCGGAAGGCUGCCCUGCUCCUUUGUCACCCUGGCCCUGCUGGGCUCCUACACUGUCCAGUCCGAACUUGGAGACUAUGACCCAGAUGAAUGUGGGAAUGAUUACAUUAGUGAGUUCCGGUUUGCGCCAAACCACACGAAAGAACUGGAAGAUAAAGUGAUCGAGCUGCACAAGAGCCACAGAGGAAUGACGCCAGCAGAAGCAGAGAUGCAUUUCUUGGAAAAUGCCAAAAAACUGUCCAUGUAUGGGGUUGAUUUACAUCAUGCCAAGGAUUCUGAAGGAGUAGAAAUUAUGUUAGGAGUUUGUGCGAGUGGUCUGUUGAUAUAUCGUGACCGACUGAGAAUCAACAGAUUUGCCUGGCCCAAGGUUCUAAAAAUUUCAUACAAACGGAACAACUUUUACAUUAAGAUUCGGCCGGGAGAGUUUGAACAAUUUGAAAGCACCAUUGGGUUUAAGCUGCCAAACCAUCGAGCUGCCAAGCGUUUAUGGAAAGUGUGUGUUGAACAUCAUACAUUUUUCAGACUGUUGUUACCAGAAGCACCUCCAAAGAAAUUCCUGACCUUGGGCUCCAAGUUUCGUUAUAGUGGCAGGACACAAGCCCAAACAAGAAGAGCCAGCGCGUUGAUAGAUCGCCCUGCCCCUUACUUCGAACGCUCGUCCAGCAAACGUUAUACCAUGUCUCGCAGCUUGGAUGGAGCAUCAGUGAAUGAAAACCAUGAAAUCUACAUGAAGGAUUCUGUGUCUGCUGCAGAGGUUGGUACUGGCCAGUACGCCACAACAAAGGGCAUCUCUCAGACCAACUUGAUCACCACUGUGACUCCGGAGAAAAAGGCCGAGGAGGAGCGGGACGAGGAAGAGGACAGGCGAAAAAGGGUGGAAGAAGUCACACCGGUCGCGGCAGCACGGCACGAGGGAAAGUCACCUGGGCUUGGCACUGACUCAUGUCCCCUGUCCCCCCCAUCAGCCCAUCGUCCCCCCGCAUCCCCCCCAGAGCUCCGUAGGAGGUGUAAGGAGAAUGAGCACCAAGCCCCAGGCUUGGAGCCAGCCAGAGGCACCAUGCGUGCACGCGGAGAGCCCGCCGUGGACUCUGACCACAAAGCAAAGCCAUCCUUAGGGGACCAGGAUGUGGCUUUUAGCUACAAACAGCAAACUGGCAAAGGGACCACCCUGUUUUCCUUCUCCUUGCAGCUCCCGGAGUCAUUCCCUUCUCUUCUCGAUGACGAUGGGUACCUCUCUUUCCCCAGCCUGUCGGAAACCAACCUCCUCCCCCAGAGCCUGCAGCAUUACCUCCCGAUUCGCUCACCCUCCCUUGUGCCCUGUUUCCUCUUCAUCUUUUUCUUUCUGCUCUCCGCCUCCUUCUCAGUGCCAUAUGCCCUCACUCUCUCCUUCCCUCUGGCUAUGUGCCUCUGCUACCUGGAGCCCAAGGCGGCCUCCUUGAGUGCCUCACUAGACAAUGACCCGAGUGACAGUUCAGAGGAAGAGACCGACAGUGAGCGCACGGACACGGCGGCGGACGGGGAGACCACGGCCACUGAGUCGGACCAGGAGGAAGAUGCGGAGCUCAAGGCACAGGAGCUAGAUAAAACUCAAGAUGACCUGAUGAAACAUCAAACCAAUAUUAGCGAGCUGAAAAGAACCUUUUUAGAAACCUCCACAGACACUGCCAUCACGAAUGAAUGGGAAAAGAGGCUUUCUACCUCCCCGGUGCGACUAGCCGCCAGGCAGGAGGAUGCGCCUAUGAUCGAGCCGCUCGUCCCUGAAGAGCCUAAACAGUCUUCUGCUGAAAAGCUCAUGGAUGGCUCUGAAAUCUUCAGUUUAUUAGAGUCUGCAAGAAAACCAACAGAAUUCAUAGGAGGGGUUACUUCUACUUCUCAAAGCUGGGUUCAGCAAAUGGAAACCAAGACUGGGUCCAGCAAGGUAGAGGCAGAAACAAGCCAGCACCCCCAGCCACUUAGCACCGAGAAGGUUGUGCAGGAAACCGUGUUGGUGGAGGAAAGACACGUGAUGAAUGUGCAUGCGAGUGGGGAUGCUUCUUACGCGGCUGGAGAUGACUUGGAUGCUGCAGCCCAGGCAGCAUCUGCUGAUGCUUCUAGCUUGAAAGGGAAGGAGGGCUCUGCUCUGACGGAGGGAGCUAAGGAGGAGAAGGGGGAGGUGGCCAAGAAAGCUGUCCUCGAACAGGAAGAGACGGCCACUGCUUCCCACGAGCCAGUGGAGGAGCAGAGUGCAACAAUCCACGUUUCUGAAACUUGGGAACAAAAACCUCAUUUUGAGUCAUCAACUGUGAAGACAGAAACCAUCAGUUUGGGCAGUGUUUCACCAGGAGGAGUAAAGCUAGAAAUUUCUACCAAGGAAGUACCGGUCGUUCACACGGAAACAAAAACCAUCACAUAUGAAUCAUCACAGGUUGAUGCUGGUGCGGAUUUGGAGCCAGGCGUGCUAAUGAGUGCACAGACGAUCACAUCUGAAACCACCAGUACCACGACCACCACCCACAUCACCAAAACUGUGAAAGGAGGCAUUUCGGAGACAAGAAUUGAAAAGCGGAUAGUCAUCACAGGAGAUGCCGACAUUGACCAUGACCAGGCGCUGGCUCAGGCAAUUAAAGAGGCCAAAGAGCAGCACCCUGACAUGUCAGUGACCAAAGUAGUGGUCCAUAAAGAGACAGAGAUCACACCAGAAGAUGGAGAGGAUUGACCCCAGGAAUAACUUAGCCUGCACAUGAAUCCAGUCAUGCAAACCAUUAGGAAAACCAGAGCCUAUAUGGAGUUCCGUCUUCUAACCCAACUGACUUGUAUCUGCCCAUGGAAAAUUUCAAUCCAGGAGAACUGAUCUAGACCAUUAAUAAAGACACUGGCAGAGAGAUCUUCCCAUAAUAAAGCAAUCCGAAUCAGCAUCACAAAACUGAUAUUGCAUGAAGCAACGAUAAAAUUACAAAAGAGUAGCAUUUUUAAUUUCCACCAAGUGUCUAAGUUUCCGGCUAUACCUGCACGUUCAUAACCAACAAUAUAAACCGUGAUCUCAUGUAACACAUAAACAAUUCAUGCCUUUCAUAGUUUAUUAUUAAAGUCUAAACAAAAUCACAAUUUCUUAGGUGACAGAUCUUUUGUUUACAGACAAACGAAGAUUACCCGAAAAUGCUAGAAGCUGUCUAGGUCCAAUGUGUCAGGUUUAUCCCAGAUUAGAUGUGCCAAUAACCGAGUUUAUUCAGUAAACAACUUGAAUCUCGUACUUGUUUCACCUGGUUUUAUUAUUCUCACCCAUACACAGCAACGACUCUCAAUCCUCUGGAAAUAUUUAAUGCUUACAAUCCUGCUUUGUGUAUCUAAUUUGAUUCGUUAUAAGGUAGAACUGAUUUUAGCAUAUUAAUGUGAUUUCUUCCUUGUUUGCUUUGGUCUGCGUCCAACCUGGAAAGCUUCCAAGAUUUCCCUAACAAGUCCUAAAUAUGUAAAUUGUCAUUAUUUGGGGGAAGAAAACCUGUUUUUGUUAGUUUACAAUAUUACGAAAUUUCACUCCAGAAAAAGCUGUUGGGCUUCUGUUGCUUUGUUUUCUCUCUUUGUUUCUUCUUCCUUGUGUUUUUAAGUUGAUUUUACUUCUUUUACUUGAAAAAGAAAAAAGUGUUUUAUUUCCAAAUCUGGUCCAUAUUUACAAUCUAGUUCAGAGCCAAGCCUUAAAUUGUACAGAAUUUCCACUGUAAUUAAACUAUUUAGUGUUUAGUUAUAAAUAGCCUUCAAAAAGGUAUAUUCUCCAUUACACUGUCAACUGCAUCACACAGCCAUGGUGAAUGUAUGUUUCUGCAUAGCGAAAUAAAAAUGGUAAAUGCAUUUAAA